GUGCAGGCUUCCAGCAUGGCAGAGCACAAGAAGAGCGCAGACGACGACCUACCGGUGUAUCUGGCCAGACCCGCUUCUACAGAACAAGCAGUUCGACAGAAAUACGGCGGCUUGUUCUGCAGCGUACAAGAUGCGUUUGACAGUAAAACAAUAGACUUUGAUGCCCUCAGUGUGUGCCAGAGAAGCCCACGCAGCCUGGGGGCCUCCAGCAGGGAGCCGCCGCCAAGUCCGAGGAGUCCACAUGCUGUUGGUUCUGGUGCUGAGAGGAUGGACAUGGAGGAUGACAAGAGCGACCGGCUUCUUAUCAAAGGUGGCAGGAUUGUGAAUGAUGAUCAGUCCUUCCAUGCAGACAUCUACAUGGAGGAUGGCCUCAUCAAGCAGAUCGGUGACAACCUGAUCGUGCCCGGCGGGGUUAAGACCAUCGAGGCCAACGGCAAGAUGGUGAUCCCCGGCGGCAUCGACAUUCACACCCACCUCCAGAUGCCAUACCAUGGGACAACCACUGUGGACGACUUUGCUCAGGGGUCCAAGGCCGCUCUUGCUGGAGGCACCACCAUGAUCGUGGAUCAUGUGAUCCCAGAGGCAGGAAGCAGUCUGAUGGAGGCCUAUGACCAGUGGAGGCAGUGGGCUGACGAGAAGGCCUGCUGUGACUACUCUCUCCACGUGGACAUCACCCACUGGAACGACAGCGUCAAGCAGGAGGUGGACAACCUGAUGAAGGACAAAGGUGUGAACUCCUUCCAGGUCUACAUGGCGUAUAAGGACUACUACCAGAUGAGCAACAGUGAGCUCUAUGAAGUGUUUACCUUUUUGGCAGAGAGGGGGGGCGUCGCUCAGGUCCAUGCUGAAAACGGAGAGAUCAUCGCAGAGGAGCAGGCACGGAUGCUGCAGAUGGGAAUCUCCGGGCCAGAGGGGCACGUGCUGAGCCGGCCUGAGGAGCUGGAAGCAGAGGCGGUGUUUCGGGCCAUCACCAUUGCGAGCCAAACCAACUGUCCCCUCUACGUGACCCGCGUCAUGAGCAAGAGCGCCGCCGACAUCAUCUCGCAGGCCCGCAAAAAAGGGAAUGUUGUGUUCGGGGAACCAAUCACAGCCAGCCUGGGUACCGAUGGAACGCAUUACUGGAGCAAGAACUGGGCUAAAGCGGCGUCUUUUGUCACAUCGCCACCUCUCAGCCCUGACCCGACCACUCCGGACUACCUGAACACGCUCCUGUCCAGCGGGGACCUGAGCGUGACGGGCAGUGCUCACUGCACCUUCAGCGUGGCUCAGAAGGCCAUCGGCAAGGACGACUUCACUCAGAUCCCCGAGGGUGUCAACGGGGUGGAGGAGAGGAUGUCGCUCAUUUGGGACAAAGCUGUGACUACAGGCAAGAUGGACGAGAACAUGUUUGUGGCGGUGACCAGCACCAACGCCGCCAAGAUCCUCAACCUGUACCCACGCAAGGGUCGGAUUGCCGUGGGUUCUGAUGCCGACCUGGUCAUCUGGGACACGGAUGCCAUACGAACCAUCACAGCCAAGACACACAACUCAGCUGCAGAGUACAACAUCUUCGAGGGAAUGGAGCUGCGUGGGGCUCCACAGGUGGUCAUUUGUCAGGGCAAGAUUGUUCUGGAGGACGGCAACUUGCACGUGACCUCCGGCGUGGGUCGCUUCAUCCCCUGCUCGCCCUUCCCGGACUACGCCUACAAGCGCGUCAAAGCCAGGAAGCAGCUGGCUGUCCUUCGGGCAGUGCCCAGGGGAAUGUACGACGGCCCUGUGUCGGAAUUCUCCAUGUCGCGUGGCGGCACGCCCUCAGCCUCGGCACGCACGUCACCCACCAAGCAGCCUGUCAGAAACCUGCACCAGUCUGGAUUUAGCCUAGCAGGUAACCCUGCACCAUGUGGUCCCCCAACUCCUGACGACAUCCCCAUCAGGCCCGCUGGCCGCCGUAUUACAGUGCCCCCUGGUGGCCGAUCCAACAUCACCUCCCUCAGUUAAACACCUUGCCUUCCCAGGUGGACUUCAACUGUGUAUUGUGUGUAAGAGUGGGGGUAGGUUUGACAUAAAGGACCAUUAUUGAUUACAAACAAACAAACAAACUGCAAAAUGCCUUACCUGCCACUAUGCUAGACCUUUUUUUUGUCAGUUUGAUUAAGGAUUUGGACAAGAAUGACGCAUUUAAGAGGUGUUUUUUUUUAAAUACAUAAAAUAACCAAAGCACAACCAGUCGCAGCCUCUCUUCUAAACAGUUAAAUAUGCUAGAAAAUCUGUGCUGGUGCUUUUGGUAGUUGUUUCACAAAAUAAAUCCGUUUCAAAAAGACAUUUCUAUACAUCAAACUCACACUGAUUAGCGUUCCAUGUUGUCAGGUCUGCAACGUGCAGUACCGUUAGUAAGCGCCAGGGGGCGGUGUAGAUACAUUAGUCGUCAUGUAGCUUUGUGAAUGAUGUUGUUACAGCUUGUUUUUUUUUUUUUUUAGGUUGUUUUGGGGGCCGAGUAAAUGUAAAAAAAAAAAAAAGGUACUUAACAAAUCCGAGAGGCGUUUUUUUUUAAACUGAUGGACAUGGACCUGCAUGGGCCAUUUUGACACUUUGGUGACGUGAUCCAUGAUCCUUUAAAACCGUCUCUCAGGUGGACCCCAUCCAUGUGAUGUAGUCAAUGAGGAUUAUUUAAAACUAAAGUAGCAAGAGAGUUGCCGUGUUUAAUUACCUGAACAUCAUGGUUGUCUUAAAACGACUGAGUAUUCUUUUGCACUUGAUGGAGAAAUGUACACUUUGUAGUAUAAUCCCUCCCAGUAUAAAAACAUGCAUACUUUCCUUAAAAACACGAGUCCUGAUAUGCCAACAUGCAACCACUCUAUCGACAGCCUCAUAGUACUUAGGAGUCCAAUAUUCUACCUAAUUUUACAAGUAAAGCUGUUCCACUGUGGAGGAAGGAAGGAAGACGGUGCUUAUCCAUUUUAUUCGGGCCACACUGGAAAGAAAACGCAAACAUCGAAAAAAAAAAAGUUUAACGCUCUGAGAAUUGAAUCGUCAUUUUGUGAGCAGGAAAAAGAUAAUUAAGAAAUUAAGAAAAUGCUCCAGCAAUAAAGUAAAGCUGUGCUUUUACGGGCAAAAAAAAAAAAA